CGAACUGUGCGCGUUCCGAAGUUGCUUGGACGGUCUUGGCGUGCUGCUUCUUCUCCUGUUCUGUCGGUCUCGGCGGAGACCCACGAGGGUCAAUAUGCCUCGGUACGCGCAGCUGGUGAUGGGCCCCGCAGGCAGCGGAAAGAGCACAUACUGUCACACCAUGGUCCAGCACUGUGAAACCCUGAACCGCUCAGUGCAAGUGGUGAACCUGGAUCCUGCAGCCGAGCACUUCAGUUACCCUGUGAUGGCUGAUAUCCGAGAGCUGAUUGAGGUGGAUGAUGUCAUGGAGGAUGACUCGCUGAGGUUUGGCCCCAACGGCGGCUUGGUCUUCUGCAUGGAGUACUUUGCUAACAACUUUGACUGGUUGGAGAGCUGUCUCGGGCACGUGGAAGAUGACUACAUCCUCUUUGACUGCCCAGGCCAGAUCGAGCUCUACACUCACUUGCCGGUGAUGAAGCAGCUGGUGGAGCGCCUGCAGCAGUGGGAGUUCCGGGUCUGUGGGGUGUUUCUGGUAGAUUCUCAGUUUAUGGUGGAGUCGUUCAAGUUUAUCUCCGGGGUCAUGGCGGCCCUCAGCGCAAUGGUGUCUCUGGAAAUCCCACAGAUUAACAUUAUGACCAAGAUGGAUUUGCUGAGUAAGAAAGCAAAGAAGGAAAUAGAAAAGUUCCUUGACCCUGACAUGUAUUCUUUGAUAGAGGAUUCUACGGGCAUCUUAAGAAGCAAAAAAUUCCAGAAGUUGACUAACGCCAUCUGUGGAUUGAUCGAUGACUACAGUAUGGUCCGGUUUUUGCCCUAUGACCAGUCGGAUGAAGAAAGCAUGAACAUAGUCCUACAGCAUAUUGACUUCACCAUUCAGUAUGGAGAAGACUUGGAGUUUAAAGAGCCGAAGGAAUCUGAAGAAGAAAAAUCAUCCAUGUUCGAUGAAUAUUUUCAAGACUGAGGGGAUGAAUGAAGACAUUUAAUUUUUCUGGUGUUUAUUAAAACACGAAGAGCUUUGCAGGCAGAAUCUUACAAAGACUCAUUUUUAGACUCAGGGAGAAGAGAAUGGAGGACUCAUCUUUCCAAAGCAGAGAGCGUAUGGCUAAUCCACAAUCUGAACGUUGUCACUUCUCCUUCCCUCCCAGCCCCGCCAAAGAAGAAGGAUAAUUUGGAAAAUCUACAUUGGCAAAUGUUUCCAAAUGAAGUCCCAAGUUCUCUAGGAUGUGUAUUACUUGUUUAAGGGAAGACAAGCUCUGGGCUAUAAAACAUAGCCUGACUCAAGAUUCCUAUUUAGAAGAACAACUUGGAUUUGUAAAAACUCCUCUUUAUUGAUUGUGUGUAGACAAGCCCUUGGUGCUGCUGUUUGUGCUAGGCAGGGGCCCACCUUACUUCCAUUUUAGGGGAAGGAUAGUUUGCAUUGUGGUGUAAAAGUGGCAAAGAGGGAGGUUUCAGCUUGAUGUCAAGAAAGAAAGACUUCCUAACAGCUCGAGCUAACCACACAUGGCGUGGGGCUCCUCGAGAGGUGGUGGUCUGCCUGACUUCCUGCAAAGUCAGGUCACGAAUGUGGUGGAGAGGAUUUUUUUUACAGGUUCAGGUUGGGCCAGAUGGCCUGAGGGUUCUCCUCACUGAGAGAUUCUUUCCUGUGGUUUUGCUGUUGGAAAAAUGAUUCCAUUCCCUUCCCUCAGAAUGGAUUGCUUUAAAAUUAUUUUUAUAAAAAACAAAUGUUAUGCCCGAGUUGUCCAUAGCACUUUCAUAUUCCAAAUUAUAUUUCAAAGUCUCCCCCUCCCCUUUUUGGUCUAGACUUAAAUACCCUGUACCAUAUGCAAAUUGACAACUGUGUGUAACUUAACCAUGUUAAUGAAUAUCCUGGGUUUCUUAGAGGUUAAGUGGCUUUCCCAGGGUCAUACAGCCAGCAAGUGACAGAGGCAGUGUUGGAAGCCAGUUGGAAGCCACUUCUCUGCCCCAUGUCAUGCUACCUUAUCCAAAUUCUUACCAAGGAUGGUUCUUGGUGAAUGAAAAGACUUGAAAUUUAGUGAUUCCAAAACAGUGAAGAAUCAUGGUCUUUGGGUGAGCCAGCCGAAACACAGCAGACAUUGCUAAACAUCUAAAUAAUGCUUUUGUUUGCUGUUUGAUCUCUCUUUUAGACUUCCUUAAUCUGGCCAGGCCAUCAGCUUCUCUGGUUUAGGUGUUGUACUGUGCAAGUAAAAGUCAGUCCCUGCCCUUGGGGCUCAGGUAUGCUGCCGUUAGGGACAGUUGUAAAUGGUAGGUCAUGUGAAAGCAACCUGAGAAAUGUAUCAUUUUGCCCACAGUCUUCCAGGUCUGAGACUCAAACCCAGGUUCUCUGACCACAAAUCCCAUACUCUGUGGUACACUUUGCUGCCUCCUGAACUCAUAGUCUGGAAGUGCAAAGCCCCCCUACAAUUCCUUCUGAGCCUUUUUCCUGAACUAAGCAUAAUGUCCAUUAGGCUCAUAGUGAUAUCACUUUUUUUGCAAGGUGCCUUAAUAGGGGUUAUAUAUAGGACAUUCCACCUCGCCCCCCAUUUUAUUAAUGAGGAAACAGGCCCAGAAUGAUGGAGUGAAUUCAUACAAUUGAAGAGUUUCACAUUUGGAGAAGGCUAUGUUGGCCAAUUGACCUUUUCCAAGGUCACAUCGAUUGUUCUGGGAUCAGAGAUUUGGAGCCAGGAGGGAUCUUCAUGGUCAUGACUUGCCCCAGAUCACACAACUAGUAAGCAUUGUAGGCAGGAUUUGUGUACCUCCCAAAGGUCCUUGGGGAGCAGACAUCAACAUCCGGGUCUCCAGUUCCUUCCUAAGAAGAAAAAUAGAAGAUGCUCUGCAGUUCUCUCCUGUGCCCAAGUUACAAGGCAGGGGAAGACUGUAGACAUUUGAGGAGAAGAUCAUUUUUUCUCUUUUUAAAUGCUCUUGUUCCUUAAACGAACACCUGCUAGGUAGCCAAAUUUUUAUUUCCAUGUUGUUCAGUUGUUUCAAUUGUGUCUGAGUCUUUGUGACCCCAUUUGGGGUUUUCUUGGCAAAGAUGCUGGAGUGGUUUGCCAUCUCCUGCUCCAGCUGAUUUUACAGAUGAGGAAACUGAGGCAGACAGGGUGAAGUGACAUGCUCAGGGUCAUGCAGCCAGUAAGUGUCUGAUGCUAAAUUUUGAACUCGUGUUCCUGGCUCCAGGGCUGAUGCUUUUUCCACUGCUCCAUAUCCUUAUAUAUAACAAUAUCCUGUGUGUUUUGUGUCAUUCAGAUUUUAGGUUUUUUCAAUACCCAAGAUAGCAUGUUACCUAAAUAUUUUAUCUAGCACAUUUCAAUGAUCUGUAGUCUCAUCAGUCCAGGUAUUCCUUCCACUGAUGUCAAAAGCUGCUACUCUAUGAUUUGGUGGUUGGUCUUUUGAGAGUUGUUGGGGCCAAAAAAACAACAGCAAACCAGCCCACCCAGUGGUGAGCCUCUUUUAAUAAACCCCUGACAAUGUACUUAGAGACCAUUCCAAGGACCAUAAUCAAAACCACCCCAGCUUAGCAAGGACCUACCAGAGCUCGAGGUCCCCUGGCACAACCUUCAGAGGAUCCUUGGAGGUCAAAGAGUCCAAUUUCCUCAUUUUCCAGAUGGGGAAUUGAGGCCAAAGGAUGUUAAAUGAAUCUCACGAGGUCACAAAGCUAGUAAGUGACUAAGGCAGGACUCAAAGUCCCAUUUGGUUCCCCACUAGACUAGGCUGAGACAUCAGAAGAGGGUCUUGGGGUGGUUUCUCCAGGAUAUAAUCAAUGUGGCAUUGGGCUUUUUUUCUUUAAGUCAUGAGUCCUAGAUUUUUUUUUCUUAUCUGGAAUUUUGUUCAUGUCUGUAAGACAGAAAUCCGCUUUACUCACUCUAAAACCCACCUUACAUUAAAAUCCAUCAUACUUACAAUGUCAAACUAGUAAAAAAAAAAAUGCAAUCCUCUGUGACUUCAUCCCAAGAUAAUAUAAUGGCCAGUCUAUGUCUGGGAUGUGUCAUGGACCCCUUUGGUAGUGUAAUGAAACCUACGGACCCCUUUCCAGAAUAAUGGUUUUAAAUAAAUAAAACAUACAAUAAUAAUGAAAUAUGGUUUUCGUAAUAUUAUAAAAGUUCACAGAUACCAGUUAAUAACCCCCUGGUCUAUUGCAUUAAAAGGUGUUGACAUUUUUAAUUGUGUGUAAAACAUUUUUGUUGUGUGUGAAUAGGAAGUGGGUUUUUUUCAUCCUACUGUCAAGACGCAUUGUGCAUUUCAAAAUAAACUGAAAAACACACACCUAGAUUAUGACUCUCGUGAAUUGAGGACAAUUAUUAGGAAAGUGGUAUGAGGGUAAGAGGCCCCCUCUCCACAAGUCAUGAUGAAUUGUGGGAUGAGAUGAAUGCGUUCCGCCCUCAUCCAGCCAGCUAAAACCGCAUCCUCUUUCCACCAAUUUUCCUAGAGCCUUUUGUCCUCAUCUUUAUUCUGCCUCCCAAGGCCCUCAAGUGCCGUUUUCAGUGCCCUUAUUUAUAUUAGACUUUUAAAUGUAUCCUUAUUGUAAAAUUUUCAUAUUGUAUUUUUUAUCCCCCAGCUACACUAAGAAAUGAAGCCUCAAGUACUAAGAAAUUUGUGUUCUCCAAUGAUGAUUUUCUUAAAAUAUGAAAA